GAACGGGCGAGAUCAUGCUGGGGAACCGGGACAUCGAUUACGGAGAGAGACGACAGCCAUCGCCCCCCGCCCUACGGCGGCACGGCCUGGUUGGUCGGUUGGUUCACCGUUCACCGCAAAUGGAACUGCCCACGCGUGCUCCGUAGGCCUCGCUGUCCCUCCCCCCACACACACUCCUAUUAACUCUCCCCCUCACCCGCUGCAGACCGCAUGAUGAUAACACCGCACCCAAAUGAUGGCCUGCCCCCGGCCACCAUCACAUGUACCCGAAUGCCGUAGCAAAUGGGAAUCGCCACCAUCUCCCGCCCUCCCUCUGCAGUUCCCCGAGUCCUCGAACGGGCCCCUGGGAUCCGACGGCUUCCUUCCCCUCCUCCAACGAUCCGACGACAGGAACGAGCGGAACGGGAGAGAGAGGAAGGCAAAAAGGCGUCCACUUCAAAUGCUUCGGCAUCGGAUGGAGGAGCAUCACGCGCAAUCAAGACGAAGCGGGCGAGCGCACGCAGACGCACAUCCACCCACUCUGCCUCCACGCCUCAUCGAUUGCUCUGCCUCCGUCUUAAUGAAAGCGCAGGAAGGAGAUCAUGGCUUUGGAACCUCCCAUCAUUAGCUACCUCGAAAGGAAGAAGAAAGAGACAGAGACGUAGAGAUAUAUAUAGAGGGGAGCAGUAAGAAGGGGGCUUCACAGUCCAAGCCACCGACCCAAUCCAUAUAGGCCUCGUAGGGCAUCGAACUCCCCUCCCCUGUCUCUGGCUACUCCUGCUUCUGGUACUCGUGAUCUCAGCUGGAUCUCGUUGGUUUGCAUUGACCCGUGCAGAAAUCACCCCGUGAGUCUCCCUCUAUAUCUUAUCUCUUUCGGCCGCGUGGGAUUUGCUUCUCUCGCGUCCUCUUCGGGCUUCUUAGAUUGAGCUUGCUGCAUGCGUGGGACCUGAGGAUUCGAGAUCAAGCCUGCAAGCAUGCCGUGGGCGUCGGCGGCUGCUGACUUCUACGGGGAGUGCGUUCCCUUGGUCGUCUGCUUUGGUGUCAUCGUGUGAAGCUGAGCUGGGAUACUCGAGGGAGGAUCGCUGUUCCCGGGAGAAAAUUGGGAAUGCACAUUGAAGUCAAUCUGAAGGGACACCAAACAGCAACCAAGGUUUCGGAGAUCAUAAUGAGCGUUAGGAUCAUUGCUUAUUCUCAAUUGCUGCAAGUUUGUCAGGCUGAGUACUUCCGCCAGUUGCUUAAGCCUGUUACGUAGGUGGAAAAUCUUAGCGUCGAAAGCAAGUCGGAUCUGCAGUCUGCUUCUGUGUUCUUGUUUCUUGUUCUGUCACAAGGCUCUCAUCGAGGAAGAUCUAAUCAGAUAAGCGUUCGGUCCUCGAGCGUCAUUCCCUGCUCAUCGUCAUCAGAUCGUUCCCACUGACGGCGAGGCGCCAUGCAGAGGAACCCAAGAUAUUUUGCUGGGAAGGCUCCGCCUGAGGACGCGUUUGAUGUGAGCGGCUAUGGCUUCGACUCCACUGUCGCAGGGCACGAGCAUCAUCAUGACUUCCCUUCUCCGCUGAACAACAUCGAGUUCCAGCCAUCUGAAACCUGCCCCAGGAACUUUGUCAUCUUUGACCAGACAUGCCACAGGAGCCGGGUCAUGUUCCAUCCUUCCCUGGCCCACAAGUUGGGCUCUCCGGGGCUCGAUGUCCAUGGAAGCCAUGCCUACGAGGCUGGCAAAAGCGCGUACAGAGACGAUGACGAGGACGCCGAAGAUAUCGAUGCGUUGCUGAGUUCCGAAGAAGGCGAAGGCGAUGAUGUAGUCAGCACCGGGAGGACGCCGGGCAGCUGGGGAAGCAGCUCGCCGGAUACUGCAUGCUCGUCGCGACCCAAGUCCGCUUCCUCCAAGAAACAAGUCUCCGGCAACGUCGGCAGUAGUAGCCACAAAAGGGAGAAGAUGAAGAAGAUGGUCAAGACACUCAAGGGCAUCAUUCCCUGCGGUGAUCGCAUGGAUACUCCUGCUGUUCUCGACGAGGCUGUCAAGUAUCUGAAGUCUCUCAAAGUUGAAGUGAAGAAGCUCGGGAUGAAGCACCUCGACCACUGAAAGAUUGAUGGCAACGAUCGACGGAGAUGAGUUCAGGUUUUGGUUUUGGUUCUGUUGUAGGCCAUUGUUUGGUGGAAGAAGCAUUUGCGGAUGUUUGAUGUGGCAUUACAGAUCCACGCUUUAGUUCUAA